AUGUCUACCUCCAAGAACAGCACAGACAUCGGAACGGAUAUGGAUACCUACGAAAAAAACGACGACAAAGGGAAGAGCCUCGGUCCGACCCAGACUCACGGAAGUGUCCACGUGGGCGACAUUGUCAAUGCCGAUCCAGACCAGCUCAAGCGCCAUCUCGGAAACCGACAGAUCCAACUGAUUGCCAUUGGUGGUUCCAUCGGAACGGCUACCUUCGUCAGCAUCUCCACAGGUCUCGCGGCCGGUGGGCCGGGCAGCCUCUUCCUUGCCUACACUUUCUAUGCCUGUAUCAUGGGCCUCGUGAACAAUUGCAUGGCUGAAAUGGCCUCCUUCCAGCCAGUCACGGGUGCUUUUAUCCGCAUGGCUGGAAAGUGGGUCGAUGAAUCUUUUGGAUUCUUAGCCGGCUGGAACUUCUUCAUCUAUGAAGCGCUCCUGAUCCCUUUCGAGAUAUCGGCAUUGACCCUCGUCCUUUCGUUCUGGCGUGAUGAUAUACCAGUGGCCGCCGUGGUUGCUGUCACCAUCGUGCUCUAUUUCUGUAUAAAUGUAUUUGCUGUUGAAUGGUAUGGUGAAUGCGAGUUCUGGCUUGCGACUGGCAAAAUCCUUUUGCUUGCCAUGGUCUUCUGUUUUACCUUUAUCACUAUGGUCGGUGGCAACCCAAAGCACGACGCAUAUGGCUUCAGAUACUGGAAAGAUCCUGGCGCAUUUGCCGAGCAUAUCACGACCGGUGACUUAGGCCGCUUCCAAGGCUUCUUGGCUUCUUUGUGGAGCGCUGUAUUCACAAUCGUGGGACCCGAAUAUGUUGCUAUGGUGGCUGGUGAAACCAAAUUGCCUCGACGACACCUGAAGACGGCCUUCAAGACAGCGUACUUUCGGUUUGGUUUGUUCUUUAUCGGGAGCGCCCUGUGUGUUGGCAUCGUCAUACCUUAUAACGACAAAACCCUGGCGAAUAUUCUGAAUGGUGCGGGCGAAGGUGCCGGAACUGCUGCGGCCUCGCCCUACGUUAUCGCGAUGAACAACCUUAGGAUUGGCGUCCUGCCUCACAUCACCAACGCCCUGCUGGUUACCAGUAUCUUUUCGGCUGGCAAUGCUUACACGUACUGUGGCGCACGUAGCCUCUACGGACUGGCCCUUGAUGGACACGCCCCCAAAUUCCUUCGCAAAUGUACCAAGGCCGGAGCACCUGUCUAUGCAUUGGCCUGCACCAUGAUCUUCCCUUGCCUGGCCUUCCUCAACCUUUCUAGCAGUACAUCUCAGGUGCUGAGCUGGUUUGUCAAUCUCGUCACAGGUGCACAGGUGAUUAACUACAUAAUCAUUUGUACCACAUACAUCUUCUUUUACAGAGCCUGCCAGGCUCAAGGGCUCGAUCGCAGGCAGCUUCCUUACUAUGGGAAAUUUCAGCCUUACUGUGGAUGGAUUGGUCUGGUCUUUAUGACCACGAUCGUGUGCGUAUACGGCUACAGCGUGUUUCUACCCGGCCACUGGGAUGUGAAGUCCUUCUUCACCUACUAUACGAUGGUCUUUAUUGCACCUAUCCUGUACUUUGGAUGGAAGUUGACACACCGCACCAAGUUCAUCAAGCCUGAGGAGGCGGACCUCGUCUGGGUUGCGCCAGCCAUCGAUGUCUACGAAGCCAGCUACGAGGAAGAGGUUGUGGGAUUCUGGGUUGAGAUUGCACGGAUUUUUGGGCUCUACCGAAACAAAAAGACAAAGGGUGAAGUUUCUAGCUAG